AUUUCCCCUCAAAAACAAAAGAGGAAGUUAAGAAAGAAAUAUUUUUUCUUGAUAUUCAAUCCAGCAUUUAACGUAAUUUAAAAUUAAUAAUAUUUUAACAUGAAAGAACUGACUAAUAUUAAAAUAAGAAAAUAUAAUUAAUGCAUGUAAGAUAGUAUAAUAAAGGGGCACAAUUCAAUUAACAUUUAUAUUAACAGGAAGUGGAAAUGCACUGUGAAAACCGAAAGAGGAAGUAAAAAUAGUAAAAUUUCCAACGACCCUGUUAAUCAGAAACAAAAUUUUUCAUGACAUUUGAAUCCCAUAUUCAAAAAUGUUUCAAGAACCUGAGUACAGAGAAAACCUAUCAUUGGCGUUAUCAGAGAUUUUAGAUGACAUUGGUGUCAAUGAAAGAUUGGUGAUGACAAGGAGAAAACAUCGCAUGAUGAAUGAGACUAUGUGGAAUAUCACUGACAGGUUAACUGAUACAAAUAUAACUAAAUAUCAUCUAGGUGGCCAGAGUGAAAGUACAACUACUAGAGGACUUGAUUCAGGAAUUGAUGUACUAUACUGUAUGGAUGAUUGCAAUAUAAUACAAGACUGGUCAGAGUGGGAACAUGGCAAGAGAAACUACCUCAUGAUACAGGAUGAGAACACUUCUCCCGGGUAUUGUCUCUUACAACUGCUCCGACAUGAUGAACCUCUUCCUGCCACUGUCAUUCCUAAUGAACAACAUAUAACUGAUAGAAGUGGAAGAAUAUUGUUAAAAAACACAAUAUUUGAUAGGGCCAUUCUGGGUGCUGUAAGACAUGGACCAGCAAAUGCUAUACCAGGACAGCAUGGAAUCAGUGAUAUAGACCAUGUGCCAGUUUUUCAUUGUAAAUCAUGGCUUCAAUCAGCGUCUGGUUGGUUAGACAGACAAGGUAUUAGAAGAUGGCCAACACAAGACAUGAGAAGAUAUGCAGCCAGUACUGGGUGUAUUGUUGUUCCAGUUGGAAGUAAGGUCAGUCGAUAUCCUGAACUUGAAUGGAGAAUAUCUACAUCAUUGGCAGAAAGGUGCCUUAUACUUAGUCUAAAUAUAACACAAACUAGGUGCUAUGUAUUAUUGAAAAUAAUUCUUAAAUCCUUCCUUAAUCCUCAAGGGGAAAUCAACAUAUCAAGUUUCAUGUGUAAAACAGUUCUAUUACAUUGUGUAGAAAACACAGAGCUAAGUAUAUGGAAUGCGGAAAAUCUGUCUACAUGUUUAACAUAUUGCUUAUUAGAAUUACACACUUGUGUACAGAAUGACAGUUGUUCACAUUUCAUUAUUCAAGAAAACAAUUUGAUGGCAGGGCGAUUUACAGCCGAAGAGAAACAUGAACUUUUAGAGCGUAUUAGUUACCUUUUACAGAAUGUCAGACAAAUGUUAUUUAGCAUUGAUAUUGAUGAUCUUGGUCAUAGACUGCAAGUUAAACUGUAUAGGGUACCACAUGGAGUAUACUAUUUUCAAUCUUCUAUUGAAACAAAUGAAUUUUGUUUGCUUAGAGAAUAUUUUAACACAGCAUACACUAUAAGUAGAAGUCAUAAGGAAGUUUUAGAUCAUUUACACGAUAAAAGCAUUAGAACAAUGAUGCAAUCUGUAGGUAAACUUAUGACAUUCAGUGAUCAUGGUAAUAGAUUAGAACAGGCUACAUGCAAGUUUCUAGAACCACUUCUGUGUACCACAUAUGGAUCUGUUCUGGCAUCUUCCAGCAUUGCUGAAAAUAAUCAAGUGUCACAUGAAGCAUUGGUUUGGUUAUCAGCUGGUUUAAACUCAGAUAUCUCAUCUAGCAGACUGAAAUUGGCUUCAGUGUUCUACAGUACAGAAGAUAUUGACAGAGCUGAACUAAUUCUGAGACACACUGAACAACAAUAUUACUCUUAUCAUGUUGUACCUAUCUGUGCCUGCUGGCAUUGGACUUCACCAGCAGCAGUAUCAGCAGAAUUAAUGAGAGCAUCUAGUGAGCAAGGCCAGGACCUUAUCAAACAUAUUACAGCUUUUUGUGUCAGAUUUAUACAGAAAGAGAGCAACUGUGUUCCUCGUGAACUACAAUAUGAAAUGCUCCGAUCUACACAAAAUGACAUACCACACAGAAAUCAGUGUAGAGACUAUAUGAAGGACUGGACCGUAAUUGACUCUCUACCUUUCCUGUACUUCUUACAAUAUAAGGUAUAUCGUCAUCUUCAAAGGAUUCAAGAUCAACGACAAGCACUUUGCAAACUUAUAAGAACAAUAGUAACAGAUAAAGAUCUUGGACAUAGAGAAACAGCUCUCAACAUUUUAGGACAGUGUAUGGAACAAGAAAACAAACCUCAUUAUGCAUUUAAAUGCUACCUGCGUUCUCUAAAAGGAAGACCAAGAAACAAUGUAGCAAGCAUACAUAUAUGUAAGCUCAUUUCCAGCAUAUUAGUUAGGCAAUUAAAUGAAUCAUAUAUGUAAGCUCUUUUCCAGCAUGUUAGGCAAUAAAUUGAUGUCAAAACAGAAAGUAUGAAGACUUCACUGAUUCAAAUGAUAAAAUAUCAAAUGUUGAUAUAUAGACCUGUCAUCAUUCUUUUCGUCACGCAUUAUUUUGAUAUAACAUUCAGCAUGUUAAAGUGAAAGAAUGACAAAGUUGUAUUGACUUUGAACAUUUGAAUUAACAUUUGGGUGUCAAAAGACUUUUAAAAAAGAUGACAAUUUCACAUGAAAGUUAUGAUCAACAAUUAAGUUUUCAGUCAAUGGCAACGGCACUAUCGAGAUAACAGCAAUGGGUAUAGGAAAGCCAACAUGACUGUAACAAAAAUUUGUUUUUUAAUGCCAAGCUAAAAAUAUGAUGUGUUUCAUUAAAGAAGAGUUUAAAUGAGUGUUGAACAAGGACAAUCUGCCAAGAAAUAAUGUAGCAAUCUUACAUAUAUGUUAACUAUUUUCAGCUUUAUUGGGUGGCCAAUAAAAUGGAGUCAAAAUAAGACAGUAUUAAGACUUGAAUUUUCAAUAAUCAUAAUCUGCUAGUGUGUAUCAAACUUUAUGUAUUAAAAUAUAUGCUUUUUUUUCAUUCUUCUUUUUUACUUUUAAUUUUAAGACAGCAUUAAAGACGUUUUCGGGAGUUUUCAUACAGUGACAUUGACCUUGCGGUAAAUAAACUACUUGUCACGCUCUGAACAUCAUCUCAUAAUGUUGCUCAUUUGUGGCAAGUUAGUUUAAAAACUUCAUUAGUUAGAAAGU